UUAGUCGCAAAGAAUCCAUCUUGGAGCCGUUAUACGGCAGCAUUGUCAGGGAGGGGGCGAUGCGCGAAAAUCAAGGCGCAUAUAUUAAAAUGCGAAGGAUUGCAGCACUGUAAGGCAGACGAUGACUCAAGCUCCCCCAGCCCGAUCCCUCCGCCCCAUGAUAGAUGUCUAUUAAAAGCUGCUGACGUCAAGAAGGACGGCCAUCUUUGAUGAGGGCAGAGCUCAGUUCCAUUGAAGAAGACGACUUGAGGAGGUCAGGAACGGUGGUUCUUACCUCCCUGCAAAUACUGCCUUCAAAUAAGGUUGUAGAGUAGCCUUAGAGUCUGGUUACGCCCUACUCACGGCAGGGAGUUUUGUAGGGAGCCCCCUUGUACACAACACAUAUAGCCGCCAUGGCAGACGACGCUGAUAUGCGCAAUGAGCUGGAGGAGAUGCAGAGGCGUGCAGACCAGCUGGCUGAUGAGUCACUGGAGAGUACCCGCCGUAUGCUGCAGUAUGUUGAAGGGAGUAAAGAUGCUGGUAUCAGGACUUUGGUUAUGUUGGAUGAGCAAGGAGAACAACUUGAUCGUGUUGAAGAAGGCAUGAACCAUAUCAACCAAGACAUGAAGGAGGCUGAGAAAAAUUUAAAAGAUUUAGGGAAAUGCUGUGGCCUUUUCAUAUGUCCUUGUAACAAGCUUAAAUCCAGUGAUGCUUACAAAAAGGCUUGGGGCAAUAAUCAGGAUGGGGUUGUAGCAAGCCAGCCUGCUCGUGUUGUGGAUGAGCGUGAGCAGAUGGCCAUAAGUGGAGGCUUUGUCCGUAGAGUAACAAAUGAUGCUAGAGAAACAGAAAUGGAUGAGAACCUUGAGCAAGUCAGUGGCAUUAUUGGAAAUCUUCGUCAUAUGGCACUUGAUAUGGGCAAUGAGAUUGACACACAAAAUCGCCAGAUUGACAGGAUCAUGGAGAAGGCUGAUUCCAACAAAGCCAGGAUUGAUGAGGCCAAUAAGCAUGCCACAAAGAUGCUGGGCAGUGGUUAGAUCCAGCGGUGGGGCUCCUGUCUCCCGAUACUGUCCCACAAGACAGUACAUUCAUGCUUUUACCAUGGUAUUUACCUACUAGGUUCGCACACAUGCACAUAUCAGCCUCCCUUGUAAAUGUUGUCCUGUGUAGUAUGUCAGCUUUCCAAAAAGAAAAAUAUAUACUUGUAAUUAUUUCUUUUCUAGAUAUCUUCCUUUCCAAAGGUUGUAUAUAGUGAAAUAGCUCACUAUGCCAUUCGUUUUCAUUUGUUCGUUUCAUUUUUUAACGUUUUUUUUUUUAAUGAUUUUCGCUGAAUGACAACAAUGUAGGAAUGUUAAACGUGCUGUUUACCUUGAACUUCACAGUAUUGUUCUUGUAAAAUUGUGACAUUCCAGAGAGCUACUGCCAUUCUUUCGUUUUUUUCCUUCUCUAUGUCAUGAUAACUAAGCUGUCGAACUUGCUGUCCUCGGUUCUUCCUCGCAAACAUCCGUUGUUAUAAUUUCAUGAUUAGAACGUGGAACUAUAUAACUAUAUUAAGCAUUGCACUACCAGUGAUGUGAGUUAUGCAUUGAUGCAUGAAAACAAAUAGACAUUUAGAUGCCAAAAUAAGAAGACCUUACACUGGCAGUAGCACAUCAACUAAAAAGCAUGCUGAGUAUUUGGACACUGUUGGGACUAUGUUAAACCAGCAAGUUUGCUGUAGUGCCACUUUUCUGUCAAUAUAUCGAUAUAUUUGAACAUAAUCAUGCUUUUUUAAUUUAUUUUUUUUUGUUCGUUGGUUUGUUUCAAAGGGCAGACUUGGCACACACCUCUAGCAAAAAUAUAUAUAAAGCUUUUUUUGUUUUGUUUUUUUUGUUUUUUUGCUGGUAAUAUAUAAAAAAUAAAAAAAUAAAAAACACAAGUUUUAAGGUUGUAAUAUAGGGUUUGGAUACUGUUUUUGAGGAUCCUCUUUUGGAGGAGAUGACUACAAUCUAAAUGGUACAAUGACAUGUAAUUUUUAUAAAGACUGAGUCGUUAGCCUCUUAAAUCCCCACGUGGUUUAUUUUAUGUACUGUUCUCUGUCGCUUACCUAGAGCUAUGCACACCAAAAUCGCUGAGAUGUUUAAGUAGAUUAUAAAUUAAGACAAUAUCUUAAAUGACUGAAAUCUAGAUCCAACUGUGAUAUCAAUAUCAUUGCAGCAUGUACUAUUAAAUUCCUUAUGUCUCCUGUCAGUUUGUGAAGUGAUUGACAUUUUGUAGCUAGUUUAAAACAAUUAAAAAAAUAUAAAUCUGG